AGCGGCCGCGCUCGGAGCGGGAGGAGCGGCGCGGCCGGCAAGGAGCGCUCCCGGAGCUCGGUCCAGCUAAACUCAGCCCAGCUGAGCCCAGCCCAGCCCGGUGCGCUCCCAGCACCGCCGGGGCUCAGCCACCCCGCCCGGACCCAGGCACAGAGAACGGGUAAUAACUGAAGACAGCCUCACAGCAGGAAAGUGAGAUCAGAUUGGCAGUGCAGCAGUGAGUGGCAUGAUUGAAGACAAGAUAAAAAGCAGGCUGCAGCUAAAGAUCAGAAAGUGGAACACCUCUGUAUGGAGGAGGUCUCUCCAUUCCUGGAGUAGAAGCAGAGAAUUUUUCGUGUUUCUUUUCCCUCCUGCUUUCUGAUUAGCCAUCAUCACAGAUGAAGGUGUGAGCUUCAUCUUUUCUCCCUGAAACUAGGUUACAGGUGAGGAGUUCAAGAUGAUUCCAAAUUACUCUACUGAAGAAACUGUUAAAAGAAUCCACGUGGACUGUCCUGUUUCAGGACGGCACAGCUACAUCUACGUUAUGGUUCCAACCGUUUACAGCAUCAUCUUUAUCAUAGGCAUAUUCGGGAACAGCCUGGUCGUUAUUGUCAUUUACUGCUACAUGAAAUUAAAAACAGUAGCCAGCAUCUUCCUUCUCAACCUGGCCCUGGCUGACUUGUGUUUUCUGAUAACUCUGCCCCUCUGGGCAGCCUACACGGCCAUGGAGUACCAGUGGCCUUUUGGCAACUGUUUGUGCAAGCUGGCCUCGGCGGGGAUCAGCUUCAACCUGUACGCCAGCGUGUUCCUGCUCACGUGCCUGAGCAUCGACCGCUACCUGGCCAUCGUGCACCCGGUGCAGUCGCGCAUCCGCCGCACCGUGUCCGUGGCCCGCGGCACCUGCGUGGCCAUCUGGCUGCUGGCCGGCGUGGCCAGCCUGCCCGUCAUCAUCCACCGCAACAUCUUCUUCGCCGAGAACCUGAACAUGACUGUCUGCGGCUUCCGCUACGAGAGCAACAACACCACGCUCCGGGUCGGGUUAGGCUUAUCCAAAAAUUUGCUGGGCUUUUUAGUUCCUUUUCUGAUCAUCUUAACGAGCUACACCUUAAUUUGGAAGACUCUGAAGAAGGCAUAUCAAAUUCAAAAAAAUAAGACUAGAAAUGAUGAUAUCUUCAAGAUGAUUGUAGCAAUUGUGUUUUUCUUUUUCUUUUCCUGGAUUCCUCAUCAAGUGUUCACUUUUCUGGAUGUGUUGAUUCAAUUACAUGUAAUAACAGACUGCAAAAUCACCGAUAUUGUAGAUACAGCUAUGCCCUUCACCAUUUGUAUUGCUUACUUUAACAACUGUCUGAAUCCUUUUUUUUAUGUGUUUUUUGGAAAAAACUUCAAAAAAUACUUCCUUCAGCUAAUAAAAUACAUCCCACCGAACGUCAGCGCACAUCCAAGCCUCACAACCAAAAUGAGCUCCCUCUCCUAUCGGCCACCAGAAAAUAUCCGCUUGCACACCAAAAAGACUGCCGGGCCUUUGAACACCGAUUGAGGCAUUUCACAAAGUUCUUCUUUUGAACAACCUUGUGUGUGAAGCACCAAGAACAACAAGAUUCAUCUGCGGUCCUGAACAUCACAGCUCAUUACAGCAACACUGGAUCACCUCAGAGAAAUCAUUCUGUAAAGAGUCAGCAGUGGCCUUACAGCUCGCGUUGUAAAGAGGACUGCUUCGCUUUCAUUUCACUUUUCUUUACUGAAAGCAGCCUAAGUGUUGGACAGGUGUGUCAGAGUUCCUGCCACAUCCCACCAUUUGCUUGGAACUACAAAAGAGGGGGAGGGAAAACUCCUAACUUAGGUUCACAGAUGCUUCAAAAGGAAAAGCUUAUAUAAAUAACAUGAAAUACAAACCACCUGACUUGCAUAUAUGUAAGCUAUUCUGUUGAAGAAGUGGAGUUUUGUUUCUUGUAUUGUUGGUUUAUUUUUAAUUACAUAAAUGUCCUAUAAUCAUAUUUAUAAUAUAUUUUCAAAUAUAUUCUAUAUAUAGAGGCCCAAUUUUAAACUCAAAUGGAAAUUUACGGUCCUUGAAAUUGGUCUUAUUCUGAUUUAUGCUACUAUUUUUUUAAUGGCAUUUUUUCAUAAUAUAUGCAAUAAAAUGCAGAUUUAUUUAUUAAAUAUAGAACAUAUUUUUAGAUUUAUAUUCCUACUCAUACAUUUCAAACAUUGCUUCAGAAAUGUACAUUUAUAUCUCAGUGGGUAUUUUUGUAGUAGUUAAAAAAAUAACUAUGUAUGUGCACAGAAAUGGGGUUCACUCAGCCUUUCCUCAUGAUAAGCCACCCUGACUUUGAAAAACUUUAUAUACAGAGGGAGUGGACUCCAUACUCUGUAUGACUAAAAUUAAAGUAUUUCAAAUUCCUGCACAUUUAGUAAACUCUUAUGCUGAUAAGCUAAAAUAGAACAAUGCUUAUGCAUCAGUUUAACUAAUAACACUUUUAGUCCAAUGACAAAACAUCCGAGAUCAAACUUUACUCUUGGCUUUUAUGGAAUUUCUCUCCAUUUAUAUAAAAUUAUGCCCAGGGUAUUUUCUCCCUGUAGAACAUUUUUUUUAUUUAUAUGGAACGAAUUCAGGUUUAUAUUGCAUAAAUCAGAACGAAAGUCUGGCUCAAAUUCUUCGUACAAAUCAAGAGGAAAGGAGACAAGCACUGUGGGAAGUUUCUACCAAUGAUACCCUCAUGUGUCCUUUUUACCUCAAAUAAUGCACUUCAAAUAACAUUUAUGCUUGAUUCACACCCAUCUAUUGUCUUCAAAGAUAAAUGAGUCCAUAAGUACUUUUUGGCACUACAAAACUUAAGAAAAAAUUCAAAACUUUACAUAUAUCACAUAGAAAAUUACAUGCUCCUUGAGAAUUUACAGUAUUUAUUAUCUCCAAAAUCAUACAUAUAAUGUGGCUGUGUCUCAAGUAGUGAGUGGUUGGAUUAUCCAUAUUUUCUGUUUAUCAAAAUACAACAAAACAGUUAUUUCUGUAGUUUAUUACUUUUUAAUUAAAAAAUGGGCCUACCAGCAGGUCUAGAAAUUUUCCUACUCUUUCAUUCACUUAUACUAAGGGAAGUUUUUUUCAGUUUUGCCUUCACUCUUCCAGCUGCAAAAGUGGGAACAAUGUGUCUACUCAAAUACAGCAAGGCACUGUGAUGAGUCACAACUUCUAAAGCUGUAUGAUAAAAAUAACUCUCCAUUAAAACUUUAAGUUAAUUUAAUUGCAAGCCAGUAUCUUGACAUUUGAAGCCUGAAUGUUAUUUAACUAUGUCAUUUAAAGCCAUAUUUAAAUUGUUAUACCGAAUACUUUCUAUUUAGCUCAUAUCCUUACAUGUGAGGCUGCCAUUUGCUUAAAUUGAAUGUGGCAAUAACCCCCCAUGCAUUAUCAGUAGCACCCAGAAGAGGACCAGUGCCCCAGCACUCUCUAAGCCCACAAAGGACUGGCAGAGAUGGCCAUUUAUCUGUAUUUUGUUCAUGGACUCAUGCACAGGCUGAGCAGCAUCGGGAUCGGGACCUUCCCCUGGCAGAAGCAUCUCUGUCCAGCCAUAAUUCUGUGUGCUGUGCUUGCCACCUGCUGGAUGCAGCCACAAAUUUGCUUUACUUCUCAAAAGUUACAGGAAGAAACAGCAACACUUCCCUGCUGCCUGAAGGAUCUGAAGAUCCUCACCUGUGGCAAAACUCCUCUAGAAAUAAAACACAAACUUGUCCAUCUGGGAGGCCAGUAACUUCUUUGACAGGGUCUACACAAGAAUUUUCUCCUGCUCAUCCUGCUGAUCACCUGCUCAUCCCUUUGGUCACUGAAUCCCAGUGUCCCCAGUGACCACAACAGGGAGCUCAUUUCAAAACAUUGAUUGCAUUACUACAAGAGCCAUCUCAAAGAGAAGACUUAAAAAUCAAAGCCAUUGGUUACUGAUCUUGAUCAUUUCAUGCCAGAUCCUGUGGUUUUAAGAGGCUGUGUAUCCUAAGCUACUGGUGGCACCUCCAUCUGCCUGUGCCAUGUGAAAGAGCAGGAGCAUGCACAUUCAGCUGUGUUACUGGAGGAAAGGUAGGAAGGGAUUGCACCUGUGUGCUCUGAGGGCAGCACAGACCUUGAAUCAAUAGGCAAAGAAGGUAGAGGGGAAAGCUUUCAUAAAUAAAGCAGGGAAAUUUUCAUUCUCCUAAGCAGUAAGGAAACAAUCAUCAGCUGCCAAAUAUGCUAGCUCCUUAAAAGAAAAAAAAUGAAACUAACAAAUCAACCGAUACUGAAAAGAACCCAGAGAUAAAACUCUACAGCAGCUCUAACUGGGUAGCAGCAGAAAGUAAACUCCUUGGAACACAGAGUUACUGUGUACAACCAGAUGCUGCAGUUUCACAACACCCCAGACUGACAGCUAAGGGAAGAGCCCACAGGAUGGACCCCCACACCACUUUCAUCAUGUAUCUGCAACCAAGGCAGGUGCUGGGAAGCAUGUUAUUGCUCAGCCUUCCACUCCCCUGCAAACCUGUGCAUGGGGCAGGCAGAGGGGACAGUCUGGCCUUUGCUGGGGACCCUUUGCUGUGUGGUCCCUACUGAGGGGCAGAAUAUUCUUUGGUGCAAGGACCUACUUGCCCAUAAAGGAGGGAGUAGUAAGUAUUUGGCUCUGUAUGACUUUGCCAUCUUUGGGGAACUUGGGAUUGAGUCCUCUUAAUAGCAAAAGGAAACUAGCUGUAAGAUGUUUGAGAACAAACUCCCAUUACCUUAAACACAAAAUUAAAACUAUUAAUAUGCAAUAGUAUGCAGUUGUUCUUAAAAGGCGUAUCCACAGUGCUUUUCAUUCCUGUGAUGACCAAAGUAAAAUACUACCAACUCUUAGUCUGUCCUCAUACUCUCCUGUUAUGAGGAACCCAAGUCAGUACUAAUGAGAACAUCAUAUAACCCUAAAUGCAGGCAUUACAACCCCUGUUCCACCACAAUUUGAUUUAUUUGAAUGAACACCUUUUUUUUCUGCUGAGUAAUUACUAAAUUAUGUAUUUGACGUGUACAUGCAGAACACCUAUUUCUAUUUAUUGUGCAAUAGUACUUUCUGUGACUCAUGCUUUGUGCUCUCCUCCCCUCUUGCUUGCCCAUUGUAUGCCCAUCCUAAAUCAUACUGUAUCAUCUACACUGGUAAGCCCAAAUUCCAACAAAACCAUUACAGAUAGAGCAGGAAUUAAUCUGGCUUCUUGGCCUUACAAUUUCCUCGUGUUUACAUUGUUAAUCAAGAGGUUGCAGAGUAAGCACAAGACCAAAAGUCCUUUACCUUGCCAGCAUUACUAUUUAGGUGAUAGUUUCCAUUGUCUACGUGAAACUGUGACAGGAGCAGAGAAUACAGUAAGUUUUCUAGUUUUGCUUGAAUAGCUUCAGCAAAGGUUUCAUUUGAUAAACCAGACCUCCUUUUUAAGUAUACUAAAGUGCAGGUAUUCCCAGGGAAAUAUUUGCUACUGAAAGGAGAAACAAAUCCUUGAGAGAGGGCAGUUGAAGGCCUAAAACAGGGACUUGUUGAAUUUGUAAAUAUUAAAUGUUAAAUGUAAAUUUUUUUUUUUGGUUUUGCAACAGGCUGAGGGGAAACACACACACACACACACAAAGAAUAAAUCUUUCAGCUUAGUGCAAAGCGAGGGCUGUUCUAUCAAUCAUUGAGUGCACCUCCACAGCGACCUCCCAGCCAAGGCUGAACUAACAAACCCUCAAUGCUACAGCUCAGAUCAAGCUCAGUAUCACCAGCAAGCUCUGCAGAUGUGGCAGGACACUCAUGAGAUGGGGACAGAGCAGAUCACGUCUGAGAACAGCAUUGUGUGAUCCUUUUAGUGAACUAGUGCCAUGGGCACCAGCUUUGUAGUGGGCAAGUUAGAUAACAAAAACAAGUUAUUAUUUCCUUUUCAAUAUUUUUGUGCAGUUGUAAUUUGUGACUCGUGGAUGUUAAAUGUUUUCUAUUUCAAUAGCCAUAGUUUUAUAUCAUAGAAGUUUACCUCGAUUAUAUAACAACUUUCACUGUCUGAAGUAUUACUAAAACCAUACAGGUCAUCAAUAAAUGUCUUUGUGAAAGUCAUCUCCACUUCUGUGUUAAGCACCCAAAACAAAGAGAUCUGUUUCUGUGUUGUUGUGAGUACUAUACUGUUAUCUGUGUAACUACUGCUACAUAUAUGUAUAUAUAAAUAUUUUUAGGCAAUAUCCUUAAAGUAUUUCUGUGUAAUGCUGUAACAUUUUAUACCACUAUUCCUCAUUACUUUUAACCCUGAUCCUAAUCCAGCUCUCCCUUAAAUCUUUGAGAUGAGCAGGUUGUGUCUGCCAUUGUUAUGGGAAAGGAUACCCAGCUAGCUCCAAAAUCACUUGUAGAACACAGUACUUCAGCAAAUCAUUUCUGUAUCCCAGAACAGACUAAGCUAAUGAAGUUUACUUGGAAUGGAGACUUAGCAAAUUGCUAAAUUUCCUACAUACAAGUUGGAGUUUGAAGCCAAAUUUAGGCUUAACCUUUUAGAAACUGAAUUUAAUUUUAGGGACAGAUUUAUUUAGAAUACUGUCUUAAAUACAGGAUCCCAUUGCCUUAUGAAUAAUGGCCUUGAACAGCCUGACUCAGGCUGCCAGUAGCUGAGUAUUCGAUGUAAAUAGAUCCACUUAGAAUAUAAGCAGUGCCAGAUUGUACUGUGGCUGCAGUGGAAACAGCAGCAAGUUCCAGAAGGGAACCUGAUGAUAAUAAGAUAUGACAAUAUGAUAAGAAGGGACUGGGAAGGGGAGGAGGGGUUGACAGUGAAAAGAAUGUUAGAUUGGAUUUUGCCAUUUCAAAUUUGUAUGAAAAUAAAAUACAAUUUAGUGUCUAGCAUAUCCCUAGUAAACCCCACUUCAUUCUGUGUCUUACAGUGUCACAUACUGGAAAAAAGUGAAAAAUAGUUAAAGGCUGGGCCUAAAGCCUUUAUGGCUUUUCUGCUGUAUAACUUAUUUUCCAUGUAUAUAAGUUAUUCCUCUGCUUGUGUAUUGGCAGCUUUGUGUACUGGUAGUGUUGUUAGGUUACAAUUAAGCAAAGGCUCUGGGGCAGGAGGACAGACAGAGCCAUACCUUGGAGCUUUACCAUGAGUGAUCAGAGGUGAAGGAGUGUUAGAAAAGGAUGGAAAGCAAAGACAGUUGCUGAACAAAUACCAAAUUACAAAGAUAAUUAAUGCCAUUAAGUAACAUUUUUGAAAACAAAAAAAAAAAUCUAACCAAAGUCAGCCAAAUAAUUAAAAACAAUACAGCAAAAAAGAAUAGAAAAUGCUGAAAGAGAAUUUCAAUUCACUUAGAAUUACAGAGAAUUUCAAGCAUCUCCAACUCAUAUGCUCAAGUAAAUGCAAACCUGACCAUUUCUGUGAAAUUGAAUGAAUAAACGGAAAAGUUGAAGUUAACAGAUGUGUGUAAGAUACAAGCAGCCACUUGGCUACUAUUGACUUUUCUUUCAGAAAAAAAGUUGAAUUAUGCACUUGAAAUCCACCAGAUAAUUAUAUGCCCAGGAAAGAGAGACAACAUACUGCCUAUGGGCUUAGAUGAGCUUUGCAUACCUAGCCUGAAUCCUCCUCCUGCUUAGCUAAGUCUGAAUCUUCCUCAUGCUUAGUUUAUCACAAGGUACACAACUACACCAAAAAAAAAAAAAAACAAAACAAAAAAAACCCACCCACAAAAUGGCUAAACUAGAAAACAAAAGAGAAAAAUUAAUUUUGUGAAAAUAUGUAUUAUGGUAGUGCUAUUUAAUUUUUAAAUCACUUAUGAAACAGAGGAUCUAAAAUAAAUUAUUAUAAACUUGUUCAAACAAAGUUAAGUAAUUUUUAAGCUUCUAUAAGGAUUAUGUUUUGCACUGUAAAAAGAUUUCCAGGCAUGAGAAGCAAGAUUCCAGACCCAAAGCCCUCUUUCUGUACAGCAGCACCUAUAAAGUGAGGCCAUGUGUAUGAUUUGCAGGAUGCCUUUCAAAGGCAGGACAUAAACAAGUGCACCUGAGAUGGAAUGUCACCUGCCAGAGCAUUGUUAGUGUUGAACCUGAUUUUUGUGAUGUGAUUAUUGUAGAUACAAAUGGAAAGAAGCAGUAGAAAGGCAUACUCUGUAUACUAGACUGUACUACACAGUGCCCUUUUUACAUGUUAAAUUCUGAAGAAUUUUAUUUCUGGCAUUUUUUAUUUUCUUUGCUUAUCUAUGAUAGCUCUCUAUACUGUGAUGUGUCAUUUUUACAUGAAGUACACAGCAGAUAUGGACUGUUCUGUUUAAAAAGAAAGUAACACCUUUCCAACAGCUUUCUGUCUAACACAGCUGCAAAACCAGUAACCUUUUUCAAAGAGCCAUCUACACCAGACUGGUUGUAUUUUGAAAUACUGAAAAUAUUAAAACAAUACAAAAUAACUUCAAAUAA